AUGCCGGAACAGAGGCAGCAGCGACAGGCGCAGGAGCCGGAGUCCAGCAGCUCCGGCCUCAAAGUCGCGAUUCAAGGCCUCGCCAUUUUCCUCCUGGUGCAAUUCGUGAUGAACCAAUUCAUGGGCAAUAAAAACCAGAACACUGCGACUACUGGCCAGACUAGCCAGGUGCCCGCCUAUGUCGACCGUCCUUCCCGUGGCGAGGUUGAGAACUACAAUGCUAUUCCCAAUCUCAUUGCUCCGAUCUGGCCAACCAAUAGUUCUUUGGAUAUCAGCAUCUACGUUUCUCCCUCAGUUUCCAUGCCUCCAUUGAAGACUGCUCCUAAAGAGUCUCUGGUUUUGGAGGAGAAGAAAUUCAACAUGGGUAACUGGAGUGACAGCCGUGAAAUCGACACAACCUUCAAAGUCCCAAAACAAGUCCAGCAGAACGGGACCUUGUGGGCUCAUUUCUACGUUGCUUUGAGUGGCCACCAGCUCGAUCCAGCUGCGCGCGAUUUUAGCCCUGAGACCGCCAUUCACUUCAUCCGUCCAUUGAACCAAUACUUGCCGAAGAAGAAGGUUGCAAAGCGUAAGAAUCUCUUGGCAGGUGCCGAAGAAGUAGAGGAAAUCGAGGAUGAUACGCCAAAAUAUUCAACUGCUUCUUAUUAUCACCCAAAUUUCACGAUUUCGAUAAUUCCUGAUUCAGGUGUGUCGAGCUACCAGCAGAUGCACCCCUCGGUGCGGCAAUUUGUACAGCUCGAAAGUACCGGUGCUCGAGACAAGUCCGGCCAGAACACCUGGUAUUACCCUAUCCUAUUCGUGAACACUUUCUGGCAACUUAAGACACAUAUGACCGAGCUCAACUCCACCGUCGAAACCUUGCCUCUCCGAAUUACAUUGAACAACCUGAACAAUUGGAAAUUCAGUUUAAUGGCUAGUCUGGACGAAGGCGCAAAACAAAAUGCCCGCAAUGCGGCUAAUGGAGUCUCGGUCCCGGGUGGAGGAGAUGGGAGUGAAUUUGAGAUGAUCAAGGAAGUACUCCUAGACACGAAUAUCUACCUCCUAGGUACCACUGUCGUUGUCAGCAUCUUCCAUAUGAUUUUCGAGACCCUUGCUUUCAAGAAUGAUAUUGCCCACUGGCGCAAGAAGAAAGAUAACGUCGGAACUUCAGUUCGGACUAUCCUUGCGAACAUUUUCAUGCAGACAAUCAUCUUCCUCUACUUGCUAGACAAUAACGAGAACACGUCUUGGAUGAUUCUCGCUAGUCAAGGGUUUGGCAUCGUUUUGGAAGCUUGGAAGAUUACGAAGACUGUGGAUGUGCGCCUUCGACAACCUCCGCAAAACUCAACUUGGUCAUUCCUUCCUUAUGUGAUCGUUUUCGAAGACAAACACAAGCUCAGUGAGACCGAACAGAAGACCAAGGAGUAUGAUGAGAUUGCCUUCAAGUACCUUUACAUCAUUGCUGUUCCCUUGUUGGCAGCAUAUGCCGCUUACAGCUUAAUAUACGAAAGCCACAAGUCUUGGUACUCUUUCAUUAUUGAAACCCUGGUCGGCAGUGUCUAUGCUUAUGGCUUUUUGAUGAUGGUGCCCGGUCUUUAUAUCAACUACCGCCUCAAGUCUGUCGCUCAUAUGCCGGGCAAAGCUUUGACCUACAAAUUCUUGAACACAUUUAUCGAUGAUCUGUUCGCGUUUACCGUCAAGAUGCCCUGGUUGCAUCGUCUUGCGACUCUAAGAGACGAUGUCAUUUUCUUCGUAUGGCUUUAUCAGAGCUGGAAAUAUAAGGUUGACUACAAACGUGUCAACGAAUUCGGCCAGGGUGGGGACUCUGAUGACGAGGUCGAGGGAGAGGCAGUUUCUGAAACUGUCAAGGCAAACAAGGCCACUGGCAGCGCUUCCAAGGCUACGGCUGGCACAUCGACACGCAAAAGGAAGUAG